UGCUGGUCCUUGCAGUGCUCUGUGACUUGUGGAGAAGGGCAGCAGACGAGAGAGGUCAUCUGUGUGGGACCAAGAGGGGAACAUCUGCCCGACCACGCCUGCUCUGCACUAGCCCCGCCUCCUUCUGUCCAGGCCUGCCGCAGACCGGCCUGUUACUCACAGAUAACAUGGCACGUGACAGAAUUUGGACUUUGCUCCAGAAGCUGUGGCGGCGGCGUAAGAGAGAGGCAGGUCACCUGUCUUGAUUCCGAUCUGCAUCCAUACCCUGAGGAGCAGUGCGGAUCAGGAAGCAAACCCCCUUCUGUUGAGUCAUGCAACACUCAACCCUGUCAUGAGCCACAAACGGUUCCAAGCAUGCAGGACCCAAGUGCAUUUGAAAACACCUUCAGAGGAUACGUGCCUCAUGUUUUGGAAGAACCUGUAGAAAACUGUGUUUACAGCAGGUACGGCUGUUGCUUGGAUGGAGUGACUGUAGCUCACGGAUUUGGACGAGUUGGAUGUCCUGAGUAUCAGACAGCCGAUGUGUCGUUCCAUCCCGAAUCCGUGGUUGUGGAUUAUGACAGUAACUCCGUUCACUCCACGUACGUCUACAGGACCAGCGUCUACGGCGAGUGCUCUGCGCCGUGCAACGGCGGCGUGCAGCAUCGCAGCGUGGAGUGCGUGUUUCAGGACCGGGUGGUGGACGAGUCCUACUGCAUCACUCACCAUCUGCAGAAGCCACAGCUUCAGCAGGAGUGCAACGUGAAUCCAUGUGCGGAGUACAGCGUUUCUAGCUUCAGCGAGUGCUCAGUGACGUGUGGAGAAGGGCAGCAGACGAGGGAGGUGAUUUGUGUGGGAUCAAGAGGAGAGCACCUGCCCGACCACGCCUGCAGAGGUUUAGUCCGACCUGCUUCUGUCCAGGCCUGCUACAGACCUGCCUGUUACUCACAGAUAUCAUGGCAUGUAACAGAAUUUGAACUCUGCUCUACUAGCUGUGAUGGAGGUGUGAGGGAGAGGCAGGUCCGCUGUCUUGAUACUGAUCUGCAUCCAUACGAGGAGGAUCAGUGCGGACUAGAAAGCAAACCCCACUCGGUUGAGUCGUGCAACACUCAACCCUGUCAUGAAGCACAAAGUGUUCCAAGUGUUGAGGAUCCAGGGACGGAUGAGGGUGCAACACAAGGAUUCGUGCCUCAUGUUCCAGAAGAAUCUCCCC